GGCAGUGGUGUAUCUACGUAAUUGGCGUCAAUGGCAAAGUUUGAAAAUGCGCCCGUGUACGUUAUUAUUCAGAUUCAACUAUGAAGUAUUUUCUACAAUUUGCGAUGGUCUUGUUAACCUGCAUGAACGGUCUCACCUUGGCUAAUGAUGUGGUUUUGACUUGUCCCGAUGCCGACUCUUUUGGAAAAAUCUGCAUUAUAUACAGGGAUCAGUGUAUGGACAAUACUGCCUGUGUGGACGGACAGAUUUGCUGCCUCGUAGAAACAUGUGGACGAGAAUGUGUUGACCCUAUUCCGGUUGCCCUGUGCCCUGCAAGCAAAGUUAUCGGACCUCCUUGUCAAGGCGAUGAAACUAACGAGUGCAUCGACACACCUACUAAUACUGGAACAAACAAUAUUUGUUGCUAUUCAGGAUGUUCUCGAAUUAUCGCCACAGUUCCGAUUCUUGACCCAGGCUGUCGAAAAGUUAAGGGUUCAAAAGCAAGAAGUUGCAUCGAAGAAUGCCAAUCGAAUUAUGACUGUCGUAAAAAAAAGAUAUGUUGCUCAAAUGGAUGUGGAACAGUCUGUACUCCGAAGAAAGGCAAAAAAGUUUAUAGGUAGCCCGUACAUAUCGUUAGAUAUCAGUAGUAGCUUAUCAGUGGCUGGGUGAAUUUGAAUGUCAUUUAUCUAUUUGUGCGGUGUAUUUUUUCUGUAUGGCCAAAUAUGGAAACAAUAAUUAGAGUAUAUGAAAUAUACUGUGUAUUGAAAACAUAGUACAAAACUAUUAUAGGUGACUUUUAAUAAAAUGUUGAUUGCAAUAUAAUUUAGCUGGUUAUACUUUGUCAUUAACUAAAAAUGAAAAUUUUUCUGGAAGAAAGCCUACGAGCAACCACUAAGGUUUCAAUAGUUGAGUACUCACUAAUUAUUGAGUCAGAUAUGUCUCUAUAUCAAUUUUGAUACCGUUAGGUCAUACUUGAAUAAUUUCUGUAUUUUUUUGCAAUGUCUGUAUUGUUACAUAAUAUGCAUGUUGUAUAA